AGAAGAAGAAGGGGAGCAAUAUAUAUAUAUAUAUUAACCAGCGUCGGUGGGAUUUUCUGCCUCCCUUUUCUUUCCUCUACAAAAAGAAGGCAAAGCCACAAUGUGGAAAAUUUGGGGGAUCUGGUGAAAGAAGCCACCCCCUUCUCCCUCAUCUCUUCUUCUUUCCUGAUGGGGUUUUGUUGUUGUUGUUGUUUGCGGGCGACACUCAAUAGCCCACCCUGGAUGUUGCUAGCCUAGGGAAAAUCCAAUCCGAAGGGAGUGGGAAGCUGCCCAUCUCGAGAAGCCCAAGAGCUGUGCUUGGGAUCAUCAUGACUCUCCAACAAUCCCCAUCCAGGCUUUGAAAGAUCUGGAUCUCUCAGUGGAAAGAGUGCUACCCCCGACCCACCGUACCAGAUGUUCCCCUGACUGCAUUUAGCCUCCAAUGAAUCAUGUUCAAUCCGAUGAACCCGCCAGUGAACAACUAUGCGGAGCAUUGCUAUCUUCGGCCCCUCCAUGGGCAAGGGCAACCCAGCGGUCUGGUGGAAGGAAUCAACGACUUGCCAUAUUACCACCAGUCCAACUCAGUGGGAAAUCAUCACACCUAUGGGAUGGGGCCUGGAGGUGAACAAUCUUCUCAUACAGAUGGAACGUGCUUUUCUACACCCCGAAACACAGCCAAGCUGACAAAGAAGAGAGCACUGUCCAUCUCCCCACUCUCAGAUGCCAGCAUUGACCUGCAAACUGUCAUCCGCACUUCCCCCAAUUCACUGGUGGCUUACAUAAACUCUCGGUGUGCCUCAUCUGGGGGCUCCUAUGGGCAUCUCUCCAUUGGUACCGUUAGCCCUUCCCUUGGAUACCAGAGCCCCAUGGGCCACCAGAAAUCUCAGGGAGUGUCAUUUGGCCACAAUCCAGCAAUGCUCCCUUGCGGCUCUCAUGAACACAUGCCCAGUAGGCCAGGAAUGAUGCACCAUAUGCCGCCACCCCGUGGGAUGCUGAAGCACUGCCAGCUGAAGUCAGAGCCCAGCCUGGGCAGCCCUCUGGAUGCCCUGAGCACCAAGUGCCUGGAGGAGUGCUCGGAGGGGGACAUUUCCAGCCCAGCCUCUACAGGGACACAGGACCCUUUGCUUGGCAUGCUGGAUGCUCGGGAUGAAUUGGAGAAGGAAGACGGGAAAGUGGAAGCUGAGGCAGUGUAUGAGACCAAUUGCCACUGGGAAGGGUGCUCCAAAGAGUUUGACACCCAAGAACAGCUGGUGCACCACAUUAAUAAUGAACACAUUCAUGGGGAGAAGAAGGAAUUUGUGUGCCACUGGAGAGACUGCUCACGGGAGCAACGCCCCUUCAAGGCUCAGUACAUGCUGGUUGUCCACAUGAGGCGCCACACAGGAGAAAAGCCCCACAAGUGUACAUUUGAAGGCUGCAAUAAAGCCUACUCACGGCUAGAAAACCUCAAGACCCACCUGCGUUCCCACACGGGUGAGAAACCAUAUGUCUGCGAGCAUGAAGGUUGCAAUAAGGCUUUCUCCAACGCCUCAGAUCGGGCCAAGCACCAGAACCGGACACACUCCAACGAGAAACCCUAUGUCUGUAAGAUCCCAGGCUGCACCAAGCGCUACACCGACCCUAGUUCGCUGCGCAAACAUGUUAAGACGGUUCAUGGACCAGAUGCCCACGUCACCAAGAAGCACCGUGGAGACACCAUGCCCACCAGCCGGACACUGGCCCUCCAUGGUGACCUGAAACAAGAAAGGGAUACCGAGGGCAGGAAGGAAGAAAGCAAACUUAUGGUGCCUGACUCAAAUUUGAAACCGCAGCCCAGCCCUGGGGGCCAGUCCUCCUGCAGCAGCGAACGUUCGCCUUUGGGCAGUGCUAAUAACAACGAUAGCGGUGUGGAGAUGAAUGCAAACACGGGUGGCAGUUUAGAGGACCUUUCGGCACUGGAGGAGCCCUCGGAGCCCAUGAGCAACUCUGGGUUGUCGGCGCUACACAGGCUAGAGAACCUGCGCAUCGACAAGCUCAAGCAUUUGCGCAAGCCGCUCUCUGCAAAGGGUGUCAAGCUGCCCUCUAUCUCGGGAACAGGCUCUGCAAGAGAGAUGCCUGGCUUGUGUGGGCCACCCUCUGCUGUCUCCCACCGACGCAUCAUGGAGCUGUCAUCCAGUGAUUUGCCCUCCCUACCCUUGUCGGGUGAACGCCGUGGGAGUACCACCAGUACCGUCAGUUCCGCCUACACCGUCAGCCGUCGCUCCUCCAUGGUAUCACCAUAUCUGCCAGCAGGAGGCGCCCCUAAUGGGUUAGGCCCACCUGAGCCAUAUGAUCCCAUCUCUCCUGAUGCCUCAAGGCGCUCCAGUGAAGCCAGCCACUGUGGGGGUCUUCCAGGGCUGGGACCCUUGACCCCAGCCCAACAAUACCGUCUCAAGGCCAAGUAUGCUGCAGCAACAGGAGGACCACCUCCAACUCCACUACCCAAUAUGGAGAGGGCAGCUCAGGCCAGCCUCAUGGGAGCUUACCCAGGCUCAGGGCUGCCUCCUUUCAUGCGCAGGCAUAGUGCCAAUGAGUACCACAGUUACAGCACUGGUCUCCUCCAUCCCCACCUGGCAAUGAGCCAAAAUGCCCGGCGAGCCAGUGAUCCUGCCCAGACAGUGGGUGAAGUCCAUCCGGUUCCCAGGGUGCAGCGUUUCAAAAGUCUAAGUAACAUGAGCCCAACAGGCAUCAGCAGAGCCAACGGGCAAAUGAUAGGGGGCUCGGAUGCCAAUCUGCAGCGCCAUCUCUUUUCACCACGGCCCCCAAGCAUCAGCGAAAAUGUCUUUUUGGAAACCGCAGCCAUAGAGAGUGCUGGUCCAGUUGCAGAGCAAGAACUAUUGGAGAUGGAACCUUAUCUUGGAUAUCAGGACCAGAACUAUUCGUGCCAAACCAUGAGCAUGGAGCUACAGGGCAAUGCAGCCCAUCGUGGUUCACUCAGGGCAAUAGGUGACUUGCAGGUCAGUCCAGCAGCUCAUGAGCAAAUAGAGGGUGGCUUUGAGCAGUCAGAUUACAUUCAGUCCCAAUGCCAGAUGAAUAUGUCUUUCAACCCAACACGCCAAUGGGAGAGUGAUGGCUCAGGGAUGAAUCCCACUGCAUCUGCUGGCAUGGGCCAGUGCCACUCAGUCCAAUACCCAGUCCCUGGUACCAAGCACAUGGGAGUGGAGCCUGCCAGUGAGGGCCAACAUGGAACUUUCCAGCUUGGUCAACCUCACAUUAAAGCUGAGCAGCAGUUCCAGUCAACUGCUCCAAAUCUUUCCUCUUGUCAGGGUAUGAAACAGAUGCUCUACAGUCAGACUCAACCUGCUUGUGGAGGAGGAGGAGCUGGAGGUGCUGGAUAUCAACCAGAGAGUCAACCAGGCACUUGCUUUGGCAUGAGUCAUCCUCCUGGCCAGAGAUCCCAGACCCCAAUGCUACAAGUCAAGGAGAUGAUGGUGCGUAGUUAUGUGCAGUCACAACAAGCUCUGAUAUGGGGGGAGCAGCCGGGCAGCAAUACAAUGAUGGGAAUGGAUGGCAUAGAGAGUGGCCAGUGUCCACCACACGAGUCUUAUUCUGGCUCCAAGUAUCCAGCCUACCCUGCCAGGCCUCCACAAGCAAUUGAUAACAAAGCACUUUCAACCUCUAGUAGCCAGUGUUACAGUCCAGGGAUGGUCCCACAUCCACCUGGUGGACCCAAGCCACUGAAUCGGCAAAACAGUCUGAACUAUCAAGCUAACCCUUCUUAUGAACCCCACAACGAUGGUGGCCCCCACCGGAUGAUGCGCUUACCUCCUCUCCAGAGCCCAGAGGAAGCUGGAUUUUCUGGCCCAAUGCACACGCAGUUGGGCAAAGCAGUUGGGCCCAAGCUGAUGAAUGCCCACCAGCGGCAUCAUCAGCCUCCCAGUUGUGUGGCUGAGGAUCCAGGUGGGCCAUACACCCAUGGGCUGGAAGUCCUCAAAUCAGACUCUUUUUCUUAUCUGCCAGAGGAGCAAGUGUCCAACAGCUUGGAUACCCUGGACUUGGAAAACACUCAUUUGGACUUCACAGCCAUUCUUGAUGACACGGAAGCCCUCAGUCCCACUUCACCACCUGGUGGCCCUGCAAAUAUGGCAGUGGGGGAUAUGAGCUCCAUGCUGAACUCACUGGCAGGGGAGAACCAGUUUUUGAACACUCUUUCCUAGUACAGUUGGGCUUAUGGAUGUGAUCAUGAGGAGUGGGAAGGAGGUACAGAAGCGUUAUGUGUCAGAACCAGGCUGGCCAUAAGAAGAAGCAACAGUACCUCCUGCUGGGCUGGACUUCAUGACUUAAGGUUGGGGAAAGGAGCUCUGCAGUGAGAGAGAGUCUGACUA